GAAGAACUGAUACCCCGCAUCACUUAUCUUCAAUACUUCUCUCUCUCUCUCUCUCUCUUUCUCUCUUCAUACCAUUAUCUAUUAUUCUUACUUAACUACGCAAACUGUUGUAUAUCAAUCAAAUGUAAAAAUCGGAGAACUUGGUUUUCGUGGGUUCAACUGCCACAAGGAAAAAGAUAACACCAAAAAAGAACCGAGAAAGGUUGAUAUCCGACGACCCGACUAUGAUGGAUGCGUCAAGCGGGGUAGUAAAAAAAGGAAACUAAGCUUUCCUUUCACAACCACGAUCGUAAACCAUUGCUCGAAUUUUUCGCCCAUUUCAUUCUUAUACAUAAUGCAUAAACCAUCAUCAACAAAGGCAUCCAUUUCAGGAUCAGCAGAUCCACAACAUCUUGAGAAACAGCGAGAGGCAAAUCAAGCUUUUUUCCGGAAAGCGGUCACCGAACGAAAUAGAAAAUUGGAGGAUUUGCAAAAGACACACACUGUAUUAGAAGAAAACGUUUCUAAAGCAUUUCAACAAUCAAACGGGACCAAGAACGGAUCAUCCAGCGGCAUUACAAAAGCAACGAUGGCUUAUUCAUUACUAGGUGAAUUGAUUGAUGACUGUAUAUACGACGUACUAUUCGAGGCACAUCGAGACAUUAAGCAAGCCAACAGUAUUUGUCAAAUAUGUCAAACACGCUGUCGACAAUACGUAUCGCGACCGGGAUGUGAUGUGUUCGGAAACACCUAUGCCGCCAACAAUCUGCCGGCGUAUGAAUGCGUCAAUUGCCACAAAAUGAUUGCAGCUGUUCGAUAUGCCCCACAUUUAGAAAAGUGCUUGGGUCUUGCCGGAAGACAGUCGAGCCGGGUAGCAAACCGACGACUUGGGUCAUCCUCUCCAUUUGCAUCCUCAGCAUCUGUGCCCCAGUCAAUAGGAGUCUCAGAUGAACCUAUCGCAUUUAGUGACCCAGAAACGACGACCCAAUCAGAUAGCAAAAAGAAGAAGAAACCGCUACCGGUAUAAUUAGAGCAACUAUUUCGUGUAUCGACGUCGGGCAGCAGUGUAAGAAGAAUUCCUAAUUUGGGUUUGAUUGCAUUUUUUUGUAUAGUCUUCAGCUGCCAAUGGUAUAUCUCGUAUAAAAAAGCUCAAGAGUACGUCGUCGUCGGAAAAGCUAUGAAAAAAACAGCAAUGAGGUUUAUACAGCACACAUACAUCACACAAUCAUAUAUCCAUUUAUAUAAGCUCACGAAUUUCCAUUCUCUCUUUGUAAACAACUAUUUUCGCUCUUCUGUGUUGUCAGUUAGUACAUACUAUUGUUAGAAAUUUCGGCUGUAAUUACACCGGACAAAUGCGCGCAUACAUGCAUCACGAGCACACAAAUAAUAAAGAGGUCUAUAAUCAUCA